AGAGAAAAACACCUUAACUCGAGGGUCUCGCAAACUAAUCUGACUUUACAGGUCCCUGGAUUUCAAGUCUCGCAAAAAGAUGGGUGCUGAGACACCUAGACAGUUCCUACACUUUGAGAAGUUUCCUUAUUGAGGUCUCAGAUUGAGAAAUACUUCACAGAGCCAUGAGAAUUACAGGGCCUGAGAUACCUAGAGAUACCUGGGCUAAAUGAGCUACUUUAUAAAGAUGCUGUGUGUCUUCUCACAUUGUCCAAUAUAAUGGCAGGAUUGAGAAUGCAGGAUCUGAAGCCAGAUUGUCUGCACUGGAAUUCUGGCCCUUUAGUAGCUCUGUGAUCUUUGGCAAGUUACUUAUGUCUGCACUUCAGUAUCUUUAUCUGUAAUAGGGGGUUAUAAGUACCUACCUCAUUGGGUGGUUGUGAGAAUUAAAUGAGUUAAUACAUGAAAAGUGCUUAGACCAAGUACUUGGCAUAAAGUGAGAGUUGGAUAUAUGUUAGCCAUGAUUAUUAACCACCUGGGGGAACUUCAACUGGAUUUGGAAUCUGGGCAUCCAGCUGGAAAGGCCUGCUUGGGAGUGUCUUGUGAAUGUGAUUUGCAUAACGGUUGAGGCCCUGCUGACGUCAAAGUUUCCUUGCAGCUCCAGGUCAGAUCUACUCCUGGAAGUAGUUCCUGUCACACAAGUCCCACAAUCGUCCCACCAACCUUGCUUCCGACCCAACUCCCGAAGCACCAGGAAGUGAAACAAAGCGGCAGAGCCUCGUGUCUCUAGCUCACCCUGUCCCUCUCAUCCCAUCCCCCAGGGCUCCGCUUCCUCCUCCUCCUCUUCACCUGUCAUCUCCUAUCCUUUAGGGCUCCCAGAUGGAGACCAGAGGUGGGAAGAGCACAGGAGACAUUAUACGCAAGUGAGCUAUUCCUGGAGAGCAUUACACAUAAUGUCCCAUCCCAGGCCUCCAGCCACAGCAACCACACGACUCAUUUCCCCUGGAACUGAGGCUGCAUACCUGGGCUCCCCACGGAGGGGGAUGAUGCAGGGAGGGAAAUCCCACCUGCUGUGAGUCACCUGCUUGUCUAAAGGGCGGGUCUUGCAAUGCAGAGACCUUAAAAAGAGACUCAGAGACAAGGGAGAAAAACAACAGGAAGCAGCUCAGAAACUGGAGGUGAAGAACGGAGGGAACCAAACCAGAACGCACAGAACAGAGAGAAUCAGGCCCGGAGUGAGGGGAAGUGGGCAGAGAUUCCACAGGGACUGACCCGUGCAAGGCACAGAGCCGGCCAGAUUUGAGAAGCAGGCAGCAAGAUGCUGGGGAGCCGAGCUGUGCUGCUGCUGCUGCUGCUGCUGCUGGUGCUGCUGCCCUGGACCGCUCAGGGCCGGGCUGUGCCUGAGGGCAGCAGGCCUGCCUGGGCUCGGUGCCAGCAGCUCUCCCAGAAGCUCUGCACGCUGGCAUGGAGUGCACAUCCACCAAUGGGACACGUGGAUCUACCAAGAGAAGAGGGAGAUGACGAGACUACAAAUGAUGUCCCCCAUAUCCAGUGUGAGGAUGGCUGUGAUCCCCAAGGACUCAGGGACAACAGUCAGCCCUGCUUGCAAAGGAUCCACCAGGGCCUGGUUUUUUAUGAGAAGCUGCUGGGCUCAGACAUUUUCACAGGGGAGCCCUCUCUACUUCCCGAUGGCCCUGUGGGCCAGCUCCAUGCCUCCCUCCUGGGCCUCAGGCAACUCUUGCAGCCUGAGGGUCACCACUGGGAGACUGAGCAGACUCCAAGCCCCAGUCCCAGCCAGCCGUGGCAGCGCCUCCUUCUCCGCCCCAAGAUCCUUCGCAGCCUCCAGGCCUUUGUGGCCGUGGCUGCCCGGGUCUUUGCCCAUGGAGCAGCAACCCUGAGCCCUUAAAGCCAACAGCUUCAAGGAUGGCAUCCAGAUCUAUGGCUCAGCAAUGCUAAGAUGAAUCUGUCAGCCCAGGCACCUGCAAGCCAACAAGUUAAUUUGUCCAUUAAUUCUAAUGGGACUUGCAUGUGUUGAAAAAUUACCAAUACUGACUGAUUUAUGAUGCUGACCUAGGACAAGGUUGAGUAUUUAUUAGAUGGGAAGGGAAAAUUUGGGAUUAUUUAUCUUCAUGGCAGCAGUUUGGGGAGGAGGAUUAUUUAUUAUAUUUAUACUGAAAUAUGCACUUUUUUCAAUAAAGACUUAUUUAUGUGGAUAUCUGAGUCUAAUUUCUAGGCUUGGUUGAGACAAAGAAACAGAAUGGAAAAAUAGGGCCAAGGGACUACAAUAUGCAUCCUUCUUCUGCUCUGCAGGGCUGCAGUGGAGAGGGACAUUUCCUCAUGACCCCCUGUGUAUAGAGUAAUUGGAAUCUUUUCGGUCUGAAUCCUGUAUGGCUAAACAAGCUGAAUGGGAUUACAAGGGGGUGAGAUUAGGAAGUGGAGCCUCACUUUGGGGGGCCUCACCCUCUCUUGCUCCCUGACCCAGUGCCUCCUUCCUUCCUUUCUUGGCCAAGAAUGUAUUUGGCCAGAGACAGGAGUCCUGAUCAAAAGUCAUCAUGCAGGAUCAAAAGUCAGAGCUGUUUUGGGCAGGAAGGGCAUUCUAGAAAGAUGAAGGUAAAUCCCCAAAACUAAUGGGAUUCUCCCUUAACGGACAUCUCUGGGGCCCUUCAGAAGGGAGUUUGAUUACCCAAGGGGAGCUAAACUGCCUUUGAAAGAAAGAAGGGGAAGGGGCUAGUGAUUAUUUCUCUUCCUUUUCUCCAUAGUCACAACAUCAAAAAGGCAUGGGCUUUGGAGUCAGACGGACCCAGGUUUAUAUCUUGGCUUUGCCACCAACCAGCUGAGUGACA